ACGCAGUGUUCAACAAGUAGUAGGAGCAACAGUUGCCAGUCGACCAUCCGCUGAAUACGGAUUCAGAACUGCAUCGGAAAAUAGAAAGCGACCCGACGCGAAAGGACGCCAAGGAGCUCGCUAAUCCCGAGGACAACAGUCAAGUCACACACACAUAAGAGCGAACAUGAAGCCAGACAUAUUAACGCUAUGCAUGCUGGCCAUGAUGAUCUUGGCCAGUACGCGUCACGCUAUUGGCUUUUUGACAUCCCAGACGUCAACGGGGGUUUCACCAAAUGAUGGCCAUGGAAUCGCUUCAGCUGCGGAAAAGCAACGUUUACGUGGAGUAGGAGGAGUGUUUGUAGGCGGUGUUGAUGACGAAGGCACAGUGACUCAACUGCGAAGACACUUGGAUGCGCAGCAACGUAACGUUUACGAUCCUGGCGAUGAUCUUCUGCAUGCUCUGAAUGCGGAGUUGGGCCAGGAGCUGGCCCUGUCGCGGGAGGAGCCAGACUAUGCGAAUGACGUCUACAAUGGGCUCGAGGUGGCCAACAAGUUUGAUAUGCUCAAAAGGCUCGAGGAUGAUUUGCGCGCCGAGCAGGAAUUAGUCGACAAGUCUGCUAUGCUCAUGAAAAUGCUCGAGGACCCAUCGUUGGAUACGCUGCCGCUUGUCUAUGUGGAGGAGGAAGAUCCGGCAGGCGCAGCUGCUGCUGAGGACUAUCCGGACUUGGAGAGUGGCAUACAAAGUCUGAUACUUGGCCCAAAUAAGUCAAAGCGGUCGCGUUACUAUCGUCGCUAUCCCUGGAAACGUCAUAACCGAAACCGCGGUUCUUACGUGAAUUCUAUCAACAGCAAAUAUGAACCGGAACUGCGCUACGCCUGCACACCCAGCAAGGAGGAUAUAUUCAAGCUUCUGGUCAAUCUGCACGAGAAUCGAAAGGGCAAUCACAGCAAGACGGUCAACUUUUGCAAUCGCAAGCGACCCGCCAAGGCUGUUUUUACCAAUAUACGAUUCCUGGGCUAGAUCUGGAUAGUUAUUGCAAGCACACAGAUAUGGACAACACACACGCAAACACACACACACACUAACAAUGACAAGGACAUAAACGCACACACACACACAUAUGUAUACCAAGCAUCAAUUGUAAAUUGCUGACAAAAAGCCAAGCGAGAAGCGAGAAACUGGAAAAUAACAAGCACUAACAAUAAGCCUAACUUAACUAACUAAACUCAUGCACUUAUUUUAGAUACUUCCCUUAAAUCUACCACCCAUCCACUCCCCCCAUCCUUUUCCUCCCCCGCUGCCCCAGCAUAUCUUCGAGCACCGAGUUCUGCAGUAAUUCGCAUUUUCCUAACUAAGCUAGCCAAUUUACCAGCAACUAUUUGCCCAACUCCAGUGUUGGACAAUUACAACAAAUUUUAUGUCUCUUAAUGUGUUGUAUAUACAUACUAAUCGUAUUGAAAAGUUUUAGUAGCUUAUGCAAUUAUCAAGUUAAUCCACAUUCCAGUAGCUGUUUCAGACAUGUCAUAUCAUUAGAACGCGUCAAUCGGUGUCGGUAGUUGAGUAUUAUAAUGAAUAUAUAUUUCUAAAAAUAUAUACAUAAUCUAACCUAGAAAUUGGGCCAAUGCGUUGCCUGAGUUGAGCCUAAUUUUAAAUGAAUAUGAAAUAUGUAUGUAUGGAUUCAAAAUUAAUGUGUAUAUAUGUACAUGUAUACUUAACAAAUAAUUCUUAAUAUUAUGUGCUAUCUGUGUAUGAAGAAUCAGGAGAUAUAAUUGCCAAUAAACAUAUGAAAUAUAUAAC